AUGGUGGGAUGGGGUUGGUGUUUAGGGGGGGGGUUGGUUGGGUAUUGUUGGUUUGGGUAUUAUGGGUGUAUGGGUGAUUGGGGUGGGGGUGUGGGGUGGGGUGUGGUGGGGAGGGGGGGUUUGGGGUUUGGGUUUUUUUGGUAUUUUGGGGUAUUGGUUGGGGGGGGGGUUGGUUGGGGUGUUGGUGUGUUUGGGUUUUUAAUUUGGGGGGGGUGUUGUUGUUAUUUGUGGUUUGUUGUGUUUUUUUGUGGGGUGUGGUGGGUGGUGUGGGUUUUUUUUGGGGUGGGUGGGGGGUGUGUGGGGUUGGUUGGGGUGUUUUGGUGGGGUUUGUGGGUUGGGUGUUUUUGGGGUUGUGGUGGUGUGGGUGUGGGGUUGGGGGUGUGGGUGGUGUGGGGGGUGGGGGGAUGGUGUGUGGUGUUUUUUGGGUGGGUGGUGUGGUGGUGGGGGGGGGGGUUGUGUGUUGUGUGGGUGGUUGUGGGGGGUGGGUGGUUGGUGUGUGUGGUGUGGUGGUGGGUGGGGGGGGUGGGUGGGGGGGGUGGGUUGGUGUGUGUGGGGGGUUGGGGUGGUUGUGGUGGGGGUGUUGGGGGGUGGGGUUUGGUGGUGGGUGGGGGGUGGGUGGGGGGUGUGGGUGGGGGGGGGGGGGUUUUUGGGUGGGUUGUUUGGGGGGGGGGUGUGGGUUUGUGGGGGUGGGGUUGUUUUGGUGUUGUUGUGUGGGUUGGGUUGGGGGGGUGGUUUGGGGGGGAUUUGGGGGGGGGGGGGGGGGUUGGGGUUUUUGUUUGGGGGGGUGUUGUGGUGUGUGUGUGGUGUGUUUAG